AUGAAUUCCUCGGUGUUGAAGAUCAAGAAGAGCCUAGCCGCUCUCGGCGAUAGUUUCGAUACACCCGAGAAGUUGCCGUUGCACGUCGAUCUCGCAUGUCUGCUGCUGGCCAUUGACGGGAGGUCGAUGCGCGACGCUUUCGGGCGCUCCGAAAACGAGUACAGUCGCCUGGUGGCCAAGACCAGCAACAAGUUGCUCAACCAGCUCUGGGAAAAGAAAAAGAUCCCGGAAGAAGGAUGGUCGGACCACUCGCUCGAGCUGUUCUUGAAUUGGCUGGCCAGUCAUGACACGAAUAACCGGAUGGACAUGAACCCACUAGGCGCCGGCGAGCGGGAGGGCCGAGUAGCGUCCCAGUUUGUGAGGCGCCUACAUUGCAGUCUAACGCACGGCAUCGGGCGCUCCGGGAACCUAUGCGAGAUCCAGCCGAAGGCCCUCGGCUCGUCGAUGCUCAACUGUCUGGCCAACGAAUUCGCUCUGCACAUUUUGCACUCGAUUGGCCUGAAUUGCGCGCGUGGUGCCCUCGUCGUCCCGGUGGCCACCGGAAUGGCCCUGAUGCUAUGCAUGGGAUCGUGGAGAAAAGCAAGACCAAACGCCAAAUACGUCAUCUGGCUCCGUGUCGACCAGAAGAGCUGCUUCAAGUCGAUUCUGACAGCCGGUUUCGAGCCGCUCAUCGUCGACCCGAUCCGCGUUGAUGAUGCGUUGAUGACCGACGUCACGAAGCUGAACAAUCUGGUCGAAGAGUUUGGGGAUACGAUUCUCUGCGUUUUAUCGACCCUCUCCCCCUUUGCCCCUCGUGCUCCUGACGAUAUUGAAGCGGUGGCAGCGAUUUGCAGGACCCACAACAUCUUCCACCUGGUCAACAACGCCUACGGGUUGCAGAGCCCGGAAUGUAUCAGAAGAUUGACGAAUGCCAAAAACGCCGGCCGAAUCGACGCGUUCGUCCAGUCGCUCGACAAGAAUUUCCAGGUUCCUGUCGGCGGUGCCAUUAUCGCUACCACAAAACAAUCGCAAGCGGCAGCGAUCGCGCAAUUUUAUCCCGGUCGAGCCUCCUGCGUUCCUUCUCGCGACUUUGUGCUAACCUGUCUGAGCCAAGGUCUUCGGCAAAUGCUGGAAGGUUUCGACACGCAGCACCGGCUUUUUGAGAAAAUGCGUCGUAAGCUUCGCCUAUUCGCCGAGGAAAUUGGCGAAAGCGUCUACGAUGUGUCGGACAACAAAAUUAGCCUAGCGAUGACGCUCUCCUCCAUCCCGCCGGAGAAGCAGACGCUGUUCGGCUCCGUGCUGUUUAGCCGCGGGAUCACGGGUGCUAGAGUGGUAAUGUCAACGCCAAAAGUCUCUCGCGUUGAGGGCCACGAGUUCAUCAACUUUGGCUCGCACACCAACGAGCAGCACGGCGGCUACUUGGCGAUGGCCUGCGGCGUUGGCAUGACCGACGGCGAGCUCGACGAGCUGUUCAACCGCCUCUCCUCGACCUACCAUAAGUUCGUGCACAAAGCCCUGCAUAAAGGCGGCCAGACGACGCGCUUCGACCUCGACGACGAGCUGCUCGACGACAUCGACAGGGAU